AUGAAUUGCGGAAAUCUCAGCAAUCCAAGCAUGAAUAAGAAGCAGCAACCGAAGCACACAGGGAAUAAACCAAACAAACCAAAAGAGCAAUCGGCCAUGGAGAAGAAGAAGAAUGACAAGAGCAAGAGCAUUCACGACAUCCUCCCUCUUGACCUGAUUCAGAGAAUUCUACUGCGGGUGCCGAUCAGACAUCUCGCUCGCCUCAGGUGCGUUUCCAAGCUCUGGUGCUCUCUAAUUUCUGAUCCUGACUUUGCGGAAUUGCAUUUUCACCACUCUCCCACCGCCACCAACGCAUGCUUCUUCAUGGAAAACCCCACUAUGGCUUACUUGGUUUACUUAGACGACAAUGAUGCAUCACAAAAAAAGGUGUGUCCCCCUUUCAAGAAGAAACCACCUUAUGAUUUUGCGGUCUUGGGAUCCUGCAGAGGCUUUAUUCUCUUGGAUCAACACCCACAUUUUCUUGUGGUAUGGAACCCACUGACUGGAUUCAGCAAAAGAAUAUCCUAUUCUCAUAUUGUUCCUUGUCGUAAGUACCUUGACUUUAGGCUUUCCUACAGUGCGCGUCUGCAUGGAUUUGGUUAUGAUGCAUCACAGGAUGAUUACUUAGUUGUUGUAGCUUGGAGGGAUUGGGAAAUACAAUAUCAUUUGGAGUGCUUGUCCUUGAGAACCAAUUCAUGGAUUAAUCUUGAUGUUGCACUCCCCAAACCCUUGGGUGUUUUUGAUAGCUUUUCUUGUGGGUUGUUCUUGAAAGGUGCUAUUCAUUGGCUGCCUUUCACUCUCACAGCUUACAGGGAUGCUAUUCUUAUCUUUGAUAUGAAGGAGAGGACUUUCUCAAGGAUAUCUGGGCCGGAACAACCUGUAAUGAGUGCAUGCUCCUAUCGAAGACUCGCCCUACUAGGAGGCUGCCUAGCCUUGUAUUAUCGCAAUUAUGAUAGCUGUAAUACUCACAUAUGGGUGAUGAAAGAAUAUAAAGUGCACUCAUCUUGGACUCUCUAUCAAAUUCCUUACAAAGUCUUUCGGCCAUUGUGCUUAUCCAGUAAUGGUGAUAUUAUUGGAAGAGGUUAUACUUCGGAUGAUAAAGUAGGGUACUUCAUAUAUAAUGUCAGAGAAGACCUGCUCAAGCAUUUUAAAAAUCUUUGUUGUCCACUUUCCAUCCAUCAAGCCGAUACUAUGUAUACAGAGUCUCUCUUGCCACUCCCGAGUGACAUUAAGGAUAAGGAUAACAAUAAGAAUGAGGAGGAGGAGGAAAACGGUAUGUAA